CAGGAACGUGCCCCCCUGUACUACAUCGCGACUAAUUCGUGGCUAACACGAUGGUAACGAACGCGUUCAAAGGAAUUGGUAAAUCCCUCUUUGUCCUUUACAGUUAGUCACCACACAGAGAUUUAUAUGAGCUUUUAAAAUGACGGACAUUAACAACAACGAGCAAGAUCCUCUGCAAAAUAUCGGUGUUGGGGACGAAGACUCAGACGCAGAGGACGAUGAUACCGCUGAAGACAACCCGAUGGCCGAUCUCCCCGAUUACGUUGCACAUCGCGUGGAAAAACUGCGUGGUCUGAAUGAGAAGCGAGAAGAGAUCAUGAAAGAUUACCUCACGGAGCGAGCCGACUUGGAACGCAAAUACGCGGUUAUUUUAAACCCGCUCUAUGAAGAACGUGCGACGAUUGUGAACGGUGAGAAGGAUGAUGAAAUAAGCGCCGAAGUCACUCGCCGCGGAGAUAGCUCUAGCGCACACCAUAAUGAUGCGGAACCGUACGUAAAAGGCAUUCCACAAUUUUGGCUGAGUACUAUGAGCCAAGAAGAGACGAUCAGUGAGAGUCUGACAGAAGAAGACGUUGACUGUUUGGAACACCUCGAAAACAUCACAUGUGAAGACUUUGCUGAUGGAAAAGGAUUCGUUCUUCGUUUUCAUUUUGCUCCUAACGACUAUUUUCAUGAUGCUGUAUUGGUGAAGACAUACGAUGUUCCGAAUCUUUUGCUUUCCGAUGAACCCAUCUUGAAGAACGUCCACGGAUGCAAGAUUCAGUGGAAAGAAGGGAAAUCUCUGACACAUCGCCAGAUCAAGAAGAAACAGCGCGGAAAGGGCAAGAAUGCUGGUCAGGUACGCACCAUCUCCAAAAUGGAGAAGAAGGAAUCGUUCUUCCAUUGGUUCGAGCCGCCAGCAAUGCCAAAGAUGGAUGAAGUUGACGAGGAACAGGCGGACGAGCUAGAAGAAUUUUUCGAUUCAGAUUACGAAAUAGCGCAGGCGUUUCGGUCACAUGUUAUUCCUUCAGCCGUUCUUUGGUUCACCGGAGAAAUUAUGGCUCAGGAAAUGAUACACGCAAUCGAAGAUCUUAGAGAAUCAGAGGAAACAGAUUGAUGAGGAUUGAAUGUGUAAUUGGAAUUGACGGAUCGGCAAGAUUACAAUGAUUAAUCGACAAAGACUGCAUAGUUUUUGAUCGAAGGAAGAAAAAUAUAUAUGCAACGCUUGCUACUCAUAUGUUAGAUACUGGUAUCUCACUGUGAAUUCGAUAGAUUCCUGUCUUGGUGGGCCCAGUC